UCGUCUUUCUAAUCUAUACAAGACACAGCAUUCUAUAUCUCAUAAUUAAAGCGUUUAUAAGAGCUUGAUGAUGGGUAGCAGCUCAGAGGAGAGGGGCUCAAGUAUUGCAGAGAAGAAAUACAAGGGAGUUCGCAGAAGAAAAUGGGGCAAAUGGGUGUCUGAGAUAAGGGUUCCAGGCUCACAAGAGCGGCUCUGGUUAGGCUCCUACGCUACGCAGGAGGCGGCCGCAGUCGCCUACGAUGUCGCUUUCUAUUGUUUACGUCGACCACUGUCUUUGACCGGCCUUAACUUCCCUGAGCUGCUGCCUCCCAGCUGUGUGAACGCGAAUAUUAUGUCGCCAAAGUCCGUGCAAAAAGCUGCGUCGGACGCUGGAAUGGGAAUAGAUGCACAAAUGAUAGCGAGUAAAUGGACAAAAGAUGAAAGAGAGGUUAAUGAAAACGGCGUAACUGAGAGCUCAGAGACGCCGUUUUGGGGGAAUGACAAUCAGAGUUAUGAUUAUGUGAACUGGAAAGAGGAGCUUAGCAUCUCUGUUGAAGAUUAUGGUUACCUCAAUUACUAGUUCUAGCUCUUCAGGUUUUAUUUUAGUUAAAUAAAGAAAACUGUAGAACAUGCAGUAAAGCCUUGGUGGCUUUUGUAUCUUUGCUGCAUAUUGUAAAUAUUAGAAGGAUGGUUGAUGAUACUGAUUAAUGGAUAUUCUGGAUUUAAAUUCAGUAUUAA